AUGGAUGUGUGCCAGGCCGUCUCGGCGUACGUCGAGCGCAUGGUCAAGGAGGUGCGCGGCAUGAAGAUGCUGCUCCUCGACGACCACACGACGCCCACCAUGUCCGCGACGUUCACGCAGUCCGCCCUCCUCGAGCACGAGGUGUACCUGACCGACAAACUCAGCCACCGCCCACGCGAGCGGAUGCACCACCUGCAGUGCCUCGUGUACGUGCGCCCGUGCCCGGCGUCGAUACACGCGCUGUGCCAGGAGCUGCUCUCGCCCAAAUACGGCGCCUACUGGCUCUACUUCAGCAACGUCGUCGCGAAGCACGACAUCGAGGCCCUGGCCGAGGCCGAUCAGCACCAGCUCGUCCAGGCCGUCCAGGAGUUCUUCUCCGACUACGUGCCCGUGACGGCGUCGCACUUCACGCUGCAGUACGACGUGCCGCCCCACCGCCUCUGGGGCUCGCACCUCGUGCAGUGGGACCCCGACGCCUUCGAGCACCACACCAGUGCGCUGCUCUCCCUCCUCCUCAGCCUCAAAAAGAAACCCGUCGUGCGCUACGAGCGCAUGAGCGCGCUCGCCCGCAAGCUCGCCGACGAGCUCGUCACGCGCAUGAACGACUCCCACGCGUCGCUCUUCGACUUCCGCCGCACGGACGUGCCGCCGCUCCUCCUCGUGCUCGACCGCCGCAACGAUCCCGUCACGCCUCUCCUGACGCAGUGGACGUACCAGGCGAUGGUGCAUGAGCUCCUCGGUAUCCACAACGGGCGCACCGUCAUGCACACCGAGCACGGCCCGCAGGAGAUCGUGCUCUCCGUCGACCACGACCCGUUCUUCGCCGCCAACUUGUACGACAACUUGGGCGAUCUCGGCGCCUCGAUCAAGGACUACGUCGUCCAGUUCCAGGCGCAGUCCGCGUCCAACUCAAGCAUCGAGACCGUGCAGGACAUGAAGCGCUUCAUCGAGCAAUACCCCGAGUUUCAGCGCCUGCGCGGCAACGUCAGCAAACACGUCGCCCUGCUCGGCGAGCUCAGCCAGCUCGUCGACACACACCACCUCCUCGAAGUCAGCGAGCUCGAACAGAGCCUCGCAAGCAACGAGAACCACACCACAGACCUGCGCAACGUGCAGACGCUCAUCGGCUCAGAACGCAUCCGCCCCGACGCCAAGCUCCGCCUCGCUAUGCUGUACGCACUGCGGUACCAAAAGUGGUCCGGCAACCGCAUCGACGCCGUCGUCCAGCAGCUCAUCGACGCAGGCGUCCAGGACGUCGCCCUCGUCUACGUCAUGCUCAACCUAUGCGGCGCCGAGCAGCGCCAAGACGAUCUGUUCGCCAACGAAAACAUCCUCGCCCGCGGCAAGAGCGCCCUCAAAGGUCUCAAGGGCGUCGACAACGUGUACACACAGCACACACCACACCUCGUCAAGACCCUCGACCACCUCCUGCGCGGCAAGCUCCGUACCUCCAGCUACCCGUUCGCCGGCACCGACGCCCCCGACGCCCCAGCGACCGUGUACCCCGGCGGACCGCCCACACGGCCGCAGGACGUGAUCGUAUUCGUCAUCGGCGGCACCACGUACGAAGAGGCGCGCAUGAUGGCCCUCCUGCAUGUGCCCGGCACCCACUUUGUGCUCGGCGGCACCACCAUCCACCGCUCCCAGUCGUUCCUGCACAUGAUGCAGCACACCGCGCAGCAUCUGCCCGCGUCCGUGACGCAGCCGCCGCCGUCGAUGGCGCAGAGCAUGCCGCACCUCCGCCUCGGGCCCGUGCAGCUCGCCGUGCCGCAGGAAGGCGAUCUCGAGCAGGUCGCCAUGGGCGCCAUGGACAUGCUGGGCCGCGUCAUCCGCCCUGGGCCAUAG